AUGGGCGCAGAGGCCGUGCUGGAACUGCUGCGGGCCAUCGACCUGGACGUGAUGCGGGACACGCUGCAAGAGGAGAUUCGCACGACUUCGGGUCAGCGACACAAGAGGGCUGUCAAACGACUGCGCGUUGUUGAGGCCUUCCGCAAGAGCGAGAACAAGCCGGACUGGAUGAUAUUCACGGUGCUGCCGGUGCUGCCGCCUGAGCUUCGCCCGAUGGUGCAGCUUGACGGCGGGCGGUUCGCGACGAGCGACCUGAACGACCUUUAUCGCAGGGUCAUAAACCGCAACAACAGAUUGAAGCGGCUCAUUGACCUGAUGGCACCAGAGAUUAUCGUGCGCAAUGAGAAGCGCAUGCUUCAAGAGGCGGUUGACGCGCUGGUGGACAACGGCAGGCGAGGCAGGGCUGUGGCGGGAAGCCACAACCACAAGCUGAAGUCACUUUCGGACCUGCUGCGAGGCAAGCAGGGACGCUUCCGACAGAAUCUGCUGGGCAAGCGCGUGGACUACAGCGGCCGCUCGGUGAUUAUCGUGGGGCCGGAGCUGAAGUUGAACGAGUGCGGACUGCCGCGCAAGAUGGCGCUUGAGCUGUUCAAGCCGUUCGUGAUGAACAAGCUGGUGAUCAAUGGGUACGCGCAUAACAUCAAGAGCGCGAAGCGGCUUGCGGAAAGCGAGCGUCCAGAGGUCUGGGACAUACUGGAGCGGGUGGUGCAGGACAGGCCCGUGCUGCUGAAUCGCGCCCCUACCCUGCACAGGCUAGGCAUCCAGGCGUUCCAGCCGGUGCUCAUCGAGGGCAGCGCGAUACGGCUGCAUCCGCUGGUUACGACAGCGUUCAACGCAGACUUCGACGGUGACCAGAUGGCGGUGCACUGUGCCGCUGUCUAA